ACAGAUAAAAGCAUUGUAAAUCUCACAGCUGCUCGUGGAACUAUUGGAUAUGUUGCUCCAGAAUUGAUCAACAGAAGCAUUUGAGAAAUCUCUUACAAAGCUGAUGUUUACAGCUUUGGAAUGCUGCUAAUAGAAAUGCUGGACUUGAAGAGACAUGAAGUUGCAAAUGAAGAGAAUUCCAGCCAAUAUUUUCCUUAUUAUAUUUACGAUAAGUUCAACAAGGGGAAGGAGAUUGUGGUGGAUGAAGAAGCGAAUGAUGAUGAGAAGAAGAUGGCUAAAAAGCUGAGUUUAGUUGCAUUAUGGUGCAUACAAACAAAUCCGAUACAACGCCCUUCGAUGAGUAAAGUAUUAGAAAUGCUCAAAGGUGAAAUUGAACUGCUAGAAGUACCUCAUCAGCCUCUUCAAUCUCCACCUAUUGUUUAUCAGAUGAUGGGAAGUUCUAUGACAUUUUCGUCUGAUUCCAUGGCUUUGUUAGAUAAUUCUGCUAAUAAUACCAUAUCAAAUUAGACAUAUGUUAUGAGUGAUUCAUAAUUAAUUUUAUGUUUAGGUAAAAUAACAUAUAUCUCAUGAAGUUUGUUGUAACUAUAGUCCCCAAGGGGUAUUUCAUAUCAAGAAAAAAGGUGUUAUUGUAUUGCAAUAAAAUAAA